AUGCACCCAAAUGUUCAUGAUGUUCGUGAUCCACUCAGGAUCGACCUUGCUAGCAUGAACAGUCCCUUUGCAUUUGGAUUAAUGAACCGUCAAAAUAAGACCAUGGAUUAUUUCAUUGAUGCUCUACACAAAAAGCAAUCAAUGGGAAAGAACAUUCCUAAUAUUGAAUUCGGCACCGAACUAAUAAAGUACGAAGAUAAGGGUGAUCAUGUCAUCGCUAUUGUAAAAAAGCACAAUGUGGAAGAAGAAAUUAUAUGUAAAUAUUUAGUAGGAUGUGAUGGUUGUCAUUCUGCC